AUUUUCUUACUGCAUCACGUCGAAUUUAGAAUCUUUAGCUAGAGAGACAAAGAGGCGUUGGACUUACUGCUCCAUUCGACAAGGAAAGAACAUUACAAAGUCCCGAACAAAGUACAAACGAGCAUUACAUCAUUAGAAUAAGGAAUAACAAUCUCAAUCAUCUGAUCAUAGGUCAAACGAUUCACAACUAACAUUGGUUCAGACAACAGAAGUCCGGUAUGAAUGCGAUGUGCCAUUUCGGCGGUUUGCUAGUGGUAUUGUCGUUGGUGUGGCAAUCUCGAGCGGCAAGGUACGAACACAUGAGAUUAUUCAAAUGGAGGGAGUUCGAGGUUGAUGGCAUAUUCGAAACAAAUGGUGAUAAAUCUUAUGUCGAAUCUUUGAACGAUGCAAUAGAUGAAGUAAAUCCAUUCCUGAAUGAUGCGAUACGAAAACUUGACCACUGGAUAGCAGUGAACGAAAAGGUCGAAAACAUCCAGUACUAUUUAGAAGAAGGAUUGAAACAUUUUGAUACAAUAGGCAAAAUAGAGAACGCUAUUAGGCUUGUUAUGAAAGGAAGAUUGAGUGCAGUGGAACCAAAUCUAGCCUGGUCGUAUGGAAUGUGUCUUUACGGAGUCUGUAGCUCAAAUGUUAAUUUCCAAGUAAAAUUCGUUUCUGGAAAUGGACUUAGAGUCGCUGCAACUGUAGAUCGGGCCUUCAUGUUUAGUUAUAUUCCUAUUAAGGUCAGCGCCUCUGGAUCAUUGACCAUCGGAGAGAAAUAUAAACUUAAAGCGGGUCCCUUAGACUUCAGAAUCCCUUUGAUCAGAACGUAUGUAAGAGCAUAUGCCUCUUUGGGUCACGAUGGCGUUGUAGUAGAUGGCGAAAUGGAGGUCUUUGGUGGUGGAUUGGCUAGAGGCGGGUUCCGUGGCUCUAUUGAUAAUACUGGGCUUAAGGUUAGUGGUAGAUUUGAAGCCCUGGGAACUGGUUUAGAAGUUGAUGCGCAAGCAAGUUGGACAGAUGGACUUGAGGCGAAGGUUUCAUUGACAAUUCCGAUGAUAGGAACAUUUGACCUAUCUCUUCGUAUUCCAAACCCAUUUUCAUGGCUAUGGUCAGGCUCCUCCCAUCGUUACUUAAAUUAACAUACCUGCAUACGCUUACUACACAAAGCGCAAGGAGCUAGAACUGGCAAUCCCGUGAUCAG